UCUCCCCCACGUUUCAAAUUCCUCCGUCCCAAAAAAGUGUCGAACUCAAGCCUGUUAAUUCUAACGGGCAAGUACACAGUCAUUUAGGGACAUCUUACUCUACAUCCAAUUGUCAAACAUUAUACAGUCACUCUUGGAUGUAGAUUUGUGUUCAGUAUGCUCACAGAAAGCUUAUUGCAGUAGGUGCGUACCCGGCUUUGACCAAGCACCUGCUCUCUGCAUCCACAGUUCCAACCCGUUCGAUCUCGGAUAAAGGCUACGAAAACGAACCGAUACAGCUAAAAGACAAUUCCCCCAGUGCUAUAUCCUAAAUUCCGUUACAGGUCGUUUCCUUGACAAGUCCAGUCGUGCCUCUGGGUUUGGUUCCGCGGGGUCCUUCUGCGCAGCAGCAAUUGGUCGCAUUUUUUCCUCUCCCUCUUCCUUCAGUCCUCAGGAUGAAAUGAGGUGAAAGAAGCGUUGGAAGGAACGAGGGAAGGAGAGGGGGAUGAACAGCCGAAGGGAUGGGUGAAUAAGGACGCAAUAAACACCCACCCUCAGUUUUAGUCUGGACUGACGGAAUUUGGAGCCGGACAGAGUGUGAAGCAGUACCAGAGAGACGUUAACACUCUUGGGGAUUCGGAGGAUUAACCGGGAAUAGGGGUUUGGAAGAUUUGAUUAUUGGUGAGCUCAGCGGUGGACGCAACAGGACUGAUGCUGAUUGUAGGACCCUCAGUUAGGAUGUGGUGUCCACUAGUCUUCAUGGUUUUGGCGGUCCAUUUCCCAGCCCCCGUCCAUGGCCAAGUCGCAGCGCCACGCAGAUUGCGUUUUAGAGUGCUCGGUCCGAGCAAAUUGCAUGUGUCCUGGAAAGAGCCGAAGGGAGACUUUGACAGCUAUACCGUUCUGUACAACAGUGAACCAGGUGAAGAGGAGAAGCAAUUGCGCGUUUCAAAAGGGGAAAAUAAAGUGGUCAUAAACGACUUUGAUGCCAUGAGGGAGUACUACGUCAAAGUUAUAGCUGUGAACGGUGACCAGCAAAGCAGAGCACUGCGAGGGAAGUACUCAGCUGAAGACCUGGAUGGAGGGAGCGAGGGUGAGGGCACAUUGUCUCAGAGACUUAAGAACGCUGGAGGGGCUGAGGACAUUAAUGAGAUAGCAGGAGUGGAUCCGUUUGUCUGUGCGACCCGGUCCGUGGCCGACAUCGUUAUCCUUGUGGACGGGUCCUGGAGCAUCGGCAGGAUCAACUUCCGCCUGGUCCGCCUGUUCCUGGAGAACCUGGUCAACGCGUUCAGCGUCGGGAUCGACCAGACCCGGAUAGGUCUGGCCCAGUAUAGCGGAGAUCCCAGGAUUGAGUGGCACCUGAAUGCCUUCACCACCAAGGAGGCAGUGAUCGACGCCGUGAAGAGUCUGCCUUAUAAAGGAGGAAACACCUUGACUGGCCUGGCCCUGACCUACAUCCUGGAGAACAGCUUUAAGCCAGAGUCGGGCUCCCGUAGCGGUGUUCCCAAAGUUGGGAUCCUGAUCACAGACGGGAAGUCCCAGGACGAUGUGAUCCCUCCGGCCAGUAACCUGAGGGAUGAAGGCAUCGAACUCUUUGCCAUCGGGGUGAAGAACGCUGAUGAGAAUGAGCUGCGGGCCAUUGCCUCGGAGCCUCACGACACCCACGUUUUCAACGUGGCGGACUUCAGCGUCAUGAGCACCAUCGUAGAGGGACUCACCAAGAUAGUCUGUGAGCGCGUGGAGGACCAGGACAAGGAGAUUAAAGGAGAGCCGGCCAGCCAGGAGACACAGGGAGCCCCCGAGGACCUGGUGACAUCAGAGGUCACGGCCAGGAGUUUCAGGGUGUCCUGGAGCCCCGCCCCCGGCAAGGUGGAGAAGUACCGUGUUGUUUACUACCCAGCGCAGGCAGGACAACCUGAAGAGGCUGUGGUGGACGGCACAGAGACCUCGGUGGAGCUGCAGCACCUCAACUCUCUGACCGAGUACCAGCUGGCCGUGUUUGCUGUGUACCCCAGCUCAGCUAGUGAGGGGCUCCGGGGCAGCGAGACCACCUUGGCACUCCCCAUGGUGAACGGCCUGGAGCUCUACAACGUUACCCACAACAGCUUACGGGCGCGGUGGCGCAGCGUGGAUGGCGCUUCCGGGUACAUGGUCCUCUAUGCCCCGCUGUCCGAGGACGGGGCCUCCGACGAGAAAGAGGUGAAUGUGUCCGAGGCGGUGACUGACCUGGAGCUGGUGACCUUGGCGCCGGCCACGGAGUACACAGUGACCGUGUACGCCCUUUACGGAGAGGAGGCCAGUGACCCCGUGACCAACCAGAAGACCACUCUGCCCCUGAGCCCGCCCAGGAACCUGCUGUUCACGGAGGUGGACUACAACUCGGCCAGACUGUCCUGGGACGCUGCCCCAGAGAAGGUGACAGGAUACCGCAUCAUCAAGACAGACGGGGAACAGACUGAUGAGGUAGAGAUAGGUCCAGUAACGUCAUGGCCACUGAAUGACCUGAAGGCACUAACAGAGUAUUCGGUGGCCAUCUUUGGGAUCUAUGAUGAGGGUCAAUCAGAGGCGCUUUUUGGUAGCUUCACCACCGAGCCUGCGCCUGGACCUCUUGACCUCCGGGCUAGUGAGUUCACCACAGACAGCUUCCAGGUCAGCUGGGGUCACUCUGCUCCGGACAUUGCCCUGUACAAACUGACCUGGGCUCCUGUUGACGGAGAGGACAUGAGGGAGAUGGUUCUGAAUGGGGAUGUGAACAGUGUUCUGCUCAGUCCCCUAAACCCUGACACCGAGUAUGAAGUGAUGCUACAAGCUGUCUUCAAAGACGAAUCAGAGAGUGAUGUCGUUUCAGUGGUGGAAAGAACGCUGACCAGGACAACAACGGUUGCCACCACAACAGCAGCGAUGCGCCAGGCAGUGCAGGAUCUGCGGGUUGAGGGAGAGACCACCCACAGCCUGGAGCUGUUUUGGGAGCCGCAGGAUCCUGUGGUGGAUCAGUACCGGGUCACCUACGUCAGCCUCCGGGGAGACCGUAACCAGGAGACGGUCCUGGUUCCUGGUCGUGAGACCUCAGUCCUUCUCCAGCCGUUGCUGUCUGACACCGGCUAUAAGCUGACGGUCACACCGGUCUACCAGGACGGACAGGACGGCGUCAGUGAGUCCACGGUGGGCCGAACAUUGCCCCUGUCGGCGCCUAGCAACCUGAGGGUGUCUGAGGAAUGGUACAAUCGCUUCCGAAUUGCCUGGGACAUGCCCCCUUCACCCACCAUGGGGUACAGAGUAAUCUACCAACCCACCUCAGUGUCUGGUACUGCCCUGGAGACAUUUGUGGGAGAUGAUGUAAACACCAUUCUACUGGUGAACCUGCUGAGUGACACGGAGUAUAAUGUGAAGGUCAUCGCCUCUUACACCACAGGAUCCAGUGAACCCCUCUCAGGCGUCGCCAGGACGUUGAACCUGGGCGUGGCCAACCUGAACACCUACCAGGUGAGGACGUCCAGCCUGUGUGCCCAGUGGAAGCCUCACAGUCAAGCCAGCCAAUACAGAGUGGUCAUCCAGUCUUUGCUAAGCGGUCAAAAGCAGGAAGUAAGUGUCAGUGGCUCUGCGUCCAGACAGUGCUUCUAUGACCUGACGCCCAACAGCCAGUACCAGAUCUCUGUUUACACCUGGCUGCAGGACAUGGAAGGGCCCGCCGUCACAACCACCGCCACCACACAUCCUGCCCCAACCCUGCCGCCGACUCCACCCCCUACGUUGACCCUCCUACCGACCAUACCCGCUGCCAGGGAAGUCUGCAAGGCAGCCAAAGCUGACCUGGCGUUCUUGGUCGAUGGCUCCUGGAGCAUCGGGGACGACAACUUCCAGAAGAUUAUCCGCUUCCUGUACAGCACUAUGGGGGCACUGGAUCUGAUUGGUCCGGACGGCACACAAGUUGCUAUAGCACAGUUCAGUGAUGAUGCCAGGACUGAGUUUAAACUGAACUCUUAUGCUAACAAGGAAGCGCUGCUCGAUGCCAUCCAGCGCAUCGCAUACAAGGGAGGAAACACCAAGACAGGUGGAGCCAUCAAGCAUGUGAAGGAGGCAAUCUUCACCCCAGAUGGAGGAGUCAGACGGGGCGUCCCCAAGGUGCUGGUGGUUCUCACCGACGGACGCUCCCAAGACGACGUCAACAAGAUCUCCAAGGAGAUGCAGAUGGAGGGCUACAUCAUUUUUGCCAUUGGCUUUGCUGAUGCGGAUUAUGGAGAGCUGGUGAACAUUGCCAGCAAACCAAGUGACAGACAUGUCUUCUUUGUGGACGAUUUGGAUGCUGUCAAGAAAAUCGAAGAGCAGUUGAUCACGUUUGUCUGUGAGGCGGCCACUGCCACUUGUCCGUCUGUUCUGAUGAGUGGGAACACAUUGGCAGGCUUCAGGAUGAUGGAGAUGUUUGGUCUGGUGGAGAAAGAGUACGGUGAUGUGAAGGGAGUGUCCCUAGAACCAGGCUCCUUUAACAGUUUCUCCUGCUACCGAAUACACAAAGAUGCCCUGGUCUCACAGCCCACCAAGUAUCUACAUCCAGAAGGGCUUCCCUCUGACUACACCAUCACCAUACUGUUUCGCCUGCUACCAGAGACCCCCCAGGAGCCCUUUGCAUUGUGGGAGAUCCUGAACAAGGACAAUGAACCCCUGGUAGGGGUCAUCCUGGACAAUGGUGGGAAGACUCUGACAUUUUUCAACUAUGACUACAAGGGAGACUUCCAGACUGUCACAUUUGAGGGUCCUGACAUCAAGAAGAUCUUCUACGGCAGUUUCCACAAGGUCCAUGUAACUGUCACCAAAACCACAGCCAGGCUGGUGAUCGACUGCAAGGCGGUCGGAGGGAAGCCGAUCAACGCGGCGGGCAACAUCACCACAGACGGGGUGGAAGUGCUGGGCCGCAUGGUCCGCUCCAGAGGGAACAGAGACAACUCAGCACCGUUCCAGAUCCAGAUGUUUGACAUCAUUUGCAGCACUUCAUGGGCAAGCCGAGACAAGUGCUGUGAGCUUCCCGGACUGAGGGUUGAGGAGGACUGUCCGGCUAUGCCCCAUGCCUGCACCUGUUCCCAGGACAGCAAAGGACCCCCAGGACCCACAGGACCUCCAGGAGGUCCCGGUAUCAGAGGCCCCAGAGGAGACCGAGGAGAACCAGGCAAUGUGGGACCUCAAGGUCUUGUCGGAGAAAUAGGUCCUCCUGGACCGCAGGGCCCCCCUGGUCCCCAGGGCCCAAGUGGACAUUCCAUCCAGGGACAACCAGGCGGCCCAGGUGAAAGAGGGGAGAAAGGGGAGGUCGGUGCCCCAGGUCCCCAGGGUGGGAGUGGCUCUCCGGGCUCCCCAGGAAGAGACGGCGCGGUGGGACAGAGGGGCCUGCCUGGGAAAGAUGGGCCUCAGGGACAGCAGGGAUCUUCGGGGCCCAUGGGUAGUCCUGGAGCCCCGGGAGCCCCUGGUGGAAGUGGCUCUCCUGGACCAAUGGGGGACCAAGGCCCACCUGGCCCUGCUGGUACCAAAGGAGAAAAGGGAGAACGAGGGGACUUGCAGUCCCAAGCCGCUGUCCGGGCCCUCGCUCGGCAAGUGUGUGAGCAACUAAUUCAGAGUCACCUGUCACGCUACAACUCCGUCCUGAACCAGAUCCCCACUCAGGCAGUUUCCGUAAGGACGGUACCAGGGCCCCCGGGAAACCCCGGGCGUACUGGCCUCCCAGGGCCACAGGGAGAGCAGGGGCCUCCAGGAAGACCAGGCUUCCCCGGAGCCAACGGACAGAACGGACGACCAGGAGAGAGAGGCUUCGCCGGGGAGAAGGGGGAGAAGGGGAGUCAAGGUGUGGGGACACAGGGCCCCAGAGGCCCCCCGGGGCCACCAGGUAUUCCGGGAGAGGGUCGUACGGGAAGCCAAGGCCCCCCUGGGAGACCAGGCACCCAAGGCCCCCCAGGCCGACCAGGCACCCCUGGAUCCACAGGCCCUGCUGGGCCUGCUGGGUAUUGCGAUCAAAACUCCUGUCUGGGCUACAACGUCGGAGUACAACAACUCCCUCGUGCCAACUACCAAACCUACGACCCCGCUGGCCACUACGACCCUCGCGCCGACGAGGAGGAGGAGGAGGAAGUGGACCCUUACGCUAGUUACACAGGCUACCCCCCGCAAUACUACCAACCAAAUUACCCCGGCCCCUACCCCAACCUUUACCCCGGGCCCCAGCGCUCCGCACACCCUCCCCACUCCCAGGACACAGAGUUGAGGUCCCCCGGGAUGUUAAUGAGGCGAUUUGCCCGGGACGUGGUCAAACGGGGGAGGGCCCCCGAGGACGCGGGAGAGACGGGAAGGAGAGACACUGCUGAUAGAGGAGAGGUUGAGGCGAUUGCAGAGGCUCAGACAUUGGAGAGAGUUGCCCCCGGCACUUGAGCGGCCCCCCCACACCCCCUGGCACCCCUCCUUGGGCCAAUUGAGGCGCAAUCUGACGGAGACGUUUUCCUGCCCCCCCACCCCCCCCCCCCCAGUGACUCUCGUGUGCUAACAGUGUUUCUGUUUGAAAGUGCUGUCUGUGGGAUAUCGCAAAAGUGCCUGAUUAGUGCAAAUGGUGUGUGGGACGUAGGGGAGACGAGAAAAACCUAGCCGACGAUGUACAUUACAAUGACUCGCCUCUCUCUCUCUUUUUGCAUGUAUACCUUUGAGCCGGCACGUCAACAGUGUUGCUGGGUUGUGUAUCGUUCGGUCGAUGUGUAAUAAUUAAACAUAUUUCGUAAUUAUUGAUGACAUUUGUAUAGGCUGUCCUGCUUGUUUUUUUUUUGUUUUUUGUUCUUGUUUUUUUUUUUUUAUAACAACCUAUCGUUUCAGUUCCUGUGCUUCCAUGUUGACUUUCCUCCUCGUCCUUAAGUGUCACAAUGACUUGUUUAGAGAGAGGUCUGCUGCUGGUUUUAUAGUGAGAUGAUUGCCUCUGUUAAAGCCCUCCCCCACCACCACCGUUCCAUGGCAAAUCAUGUUUCGAGUAGGCCUAAACAUUGUGAAACCAACAAUUGUUCCUUCAAAGAAGACCCAAGGCCUCAGUAAGCCGAACACAUACAAUCCAUGUGUGAAUCGUUGUCACAUUAAUUCCUGUGGGUUUGGUCGAAUAGGGGUUUCACUGACGGAGAAACACACAACAGAGGAGGCGACCUGCGAUGAGCUGGAGGAGAAUGUUCCGUGUUUUUCCCUUCCAUUGCUGUUGUUUUGAUUAUGCAACGUAUGGGGCCAAUCCACUGUGAGAAGGGAAGGGCGUGUUGAAUAUAGUUAGGCCUGUGGUCUGAUUUGUGUUUUUAAACUGAAAUGGGACCCAGAAUGUAGAACAAACAGGUCCCAGUGGAUCGUCUCCGCUGACCGGACCACCAGACCUCUGAAAGUGUACUAGGAAGUUAUUUAUUUUUACUUUAUUAUUUGUUUUAUAACCAAUAAAACUGUAAUACAACAGUUACUGGUUCAACAGCUCUGUGAUUUACACAUAUUGCCUCACGUAAAACUACGCAGGAGAAAUUAAAUUGAAUAAUUGUUAUUCAGUGAUUACUAAAGUAGCCUCUCUUUUUUUUUUUUUUACAAAA